AUGCCUCCGGACCCUACUACCAACCCUGCUGGGACGCCUGGGGCGAGUCCAGAUAUUGAACGGGAACUCCCCGUGCGCUCUGUCCCGGUAGAGACAAGCUGGUGCAUCCACUGCUUCAGAACAGCAGCUCAUAACUGGAACGAGACUGGAUGGGUUCAACCCUUCAAGGUGAACUGCAUUCGCGAUGCUAUCACUUCCAACCGUUGUCAACGAUGUCGCCAUGCCCGUGACAAGUGUGAACUUCUCUAUGAGGGUAUCCGGGGCCACGGGUUCGAACUGCACGCAUUGCUGGAGUGGGUAUUGGAGUUCUGGGUCAACGAAAAUUCAGGAAUCGGACAAACUGAUGAUGCUGCGCUGGUUCACGGUAUUGAAAUUGUUCGAACCGUUGCAGUGGCUGUGCGAGCUCUCUGCUCCGCUCUUGAUUGUCUAAUAAAAUCCCACGGAAAAGCUCACAACUUAGUGGGCAAGCGUGGUGGUGAUGCCGCAAAUAAAGCUUCCUAUGCUCAAUAUUGUUCUUCUGGGCGUCAUUUCUUGCAAAUUCCACCUCCGCUUGAUCCCCAUGGUGAUGGUACUCCUCACCCAAAGUGCGUCAAAUUUGAGCACUGUUCUCGCCAGAACCUUCGUCUUGCCACCAAUUCUGACACUGGUCUGCCGUGGUACCUCUCCAUUCUCUCGUUCAAGCGAACCAUCGAGGAUUUGAUCCGAAAUGAAUAUGACCAUAGUGACACCAACACCGUCACCUGGUAUACUGCUAUGUUGGCGACAUUCCCCUUGACCAUCCCUGAGUUGUAA